GCCGUCGGCUUGCUUAAGAAGGCGCCGCCGCCGCCAGGAUCUCGGAGCUAGGAGUUAACCCCGAGGGGGAGCGGGCUCCCCCUCGCGACGGCGGGGACAGACAGUCCUGUGGAACGACGAGACGGUCCCCGACGUCCAGCAACGCCCAGGAAGAGCCGCAGCGAACGAGCGGCGGCCAUGAGCGACCAGCUGAGUCCAGCCCCAGGCCGCUAGGGGCAGCUCCAGCAGCCCCUGAGCUCUCCUCAAAACCUCGGGUGGGCAGUGUCUGCCGUGGGUUUCCUUUCCUCUGUUGUAACCCAAAGAGUCUUAGCUAUCAAAAGUCCGACCCCAACGCGUUCACAUAGAGAAACUGAGUUCUGACUUAGGGAAAUCACCGGUCCGAUAACCUUUGUUUUUCAGCUGUAUUUUAAAGCAAAGACAUCUCUCGUUUUGUCAGCCACCUCUCUUCCCCUUCAGGAAACAAAACAGCCGCGGUGGUGGUUCCCGCCAGUUCUAUUCUGCAUGCACUGCAGGGUGUUGUAUGUCCAGAGAGAUCCUGGAUGAUGGUUUCUUUUAGUUAAGAACUUUACAUUUUAUCAGCACCCAUACCUCCCACAGCCCUCUACUUGGAAACAACCUAUUCUACAGUAGGGUUUGUCUGAAAGGGCAACAUUUCCUUGUAGCACCAUAAAGGGGAUCUGGGUGAAUUCCUGCAGGACUUCCUGGGCUUGAGAAAAUGUCUGAUAAAUAUUUAUUCCUAUCCCUUUCCCCUUAGAAUCUGAGAGGAUGGAGCCCAAUGCGUGUAAGACCAGUGAAUCUGAGGAAGAUGAUAUUGAGGAAGAAGAAUCUGAGGAAGAGUGUGUUAGAGAGGAAUCUACCACCCCUAACUCUAGCCAGCAGGCACUUGGAAAGGCUGACUGUAAAGAAUUUGAGAAUGGGGUUGCUUUAUCUGUUGUAGCCAAGAAUAUUCCAAAGAAAAUAUUAAGUACAACAGACAGAGAUGAUUUGGAAGUUGGGAGGAGGAAAAGAAAGCGGAAACGAAGACCCCUGGCCAUCAACCUGACCAGCUGCAAGUACGAGAGUGUGCGCCGGGCAGCCCAAAUGUGUGGCCUUAAGGAAGUAGGAGAGGAUGAAGAGUGGACUGUGUACUGGACAGACUGUUCUGUCUCACUGGAACGAGUCAUGGAUAUGAAGAGGUUUCAGAAAAUCAACCACUUCCCUGGCAUGACCGAAAUCUGCCGCAAAGAUCUGCUGGCUCGGAACCUCAACCGCAUGCAGAAGCUCUACCCCACUGAGUACAACAUCUUCCCACGCACCUGGUGCCUCCCUGCAGACUAUGGGGACUUCCAGGCCUACGGUCGUCAGCGGAAAACCCGCACUUAUAUCUGCAAGCCAGAUAGCGGCUGUCAGGGGCGUGGCAUCUUUAUCACCAGAACCCCCAAGGAAAUCAAGCCAGGAGAGCAUAUGAUCUGCCAGCAGUACAUCACCAAGCCCUUCCUCAUUGAUGGCUUCAAGUUUGACAUGCGAAUCUAUGUUCUGAUCACUUCUUGUGACCCUCUCCGUAUCUUCAUGUACGAGGAAGGCCUGGCCCGUUUUGCUACCAUGCCGUAUGUGGAACCUAGCCAUAACAACCUGGAGGAGGUCUGCAUGCACCUGACCAACUAUGCCAUCAAUAAACACAAUGAGAAUUUUGUCCGAGAUGAUGCUGUGGGCAGUAAGAGGAAGCUGUCGACACUCAAUGCCUGGCUGCGAGAGCACAGCCAUGAUCCCCGAGAGCUGUGGGGGGACAUCGAGGACAUCAUCAUCAAAACCAUCAUCUCAGCCCACUCUGUGCUUCGCCACAACUACCGAACCUGUUUCCCCCAAUAUCUGUGUGGAGGUACAUGCGCCUGCUUUGAGAUCCUGGGGUUUGACAUCUUACUGGACCACAAGCUCAAGCCCUGGCUUCUAGAGGUAAACCACUCCCCAAGCUUCACCACAGACUCCCGCCUGGAUCGAGAGGUGAAAGACGCACUUCUCUGUGAUGCUAUGAACCUUAUCAACCUCCGGGGCUGUGACAAAAAGAAGGUGAUUGAAGAAGAGAAACGUCGAGUCAAAGAGAGGCUUUUUCCGUGCCACCAACAGCCACGAGAAGCCAGGCGAGAACAGUUUGAGACGUCCCAGGCUGCCAUGCAUGACCAGGAACUUUAUGAAGAUUCCCACCUAGGGGGAUACCGGCGAAUCUACCCAGGGCCUGACUCAGAGAAAUAUGCACCUUUCUUCAAGCACAAUGGCUCCCUCUUCCAGGAGACUGCUGCCUCCAAGGCCAGAGAGGAGUGUGCCAGGCAGCAACUGGAAGAGAUUCGCCUAAAGCAGGAACAGCAGGAGAACUCAGGCACCAAGAAGCGCAAGGAGAACAAGGAGCAGAACCAGGGAGAAUCAGCUGGGGAGAAAAGCCGAUCCAGAGUAGCUACACGGGUCCUUGCCACCAACCUGGCUUACAGGAACCGGAACCAGGACAAAGAGCUGCUACCAGUACAACUGGACACUAUGCAGCCUCAGGACAUUGUGGAAGAGGAAGAGCUUGAGCGAAUGAAGCUCCUGCUACAAAGAGAGAAUCUCAUCCGAAGCCUGGGCAUUGUAGAGCAGCUCACUCGCAUGCUGUACCCUAACCACCGGAGCCACAGAAAGCUUCAUGAGUAUCGGCCUAGAUUUCACCAGGACGGGCUGAGCAGUCAAGAACUGCAACCUGUGAAUUUGGUCCCAUUGGUGUUCCUGAGAGGGGCUGCCUCAGAGCAGAUCCCUCCUCAUUUCCUGCAACCACUUCGGCCCCACGAAUUGAUCCCCAGGAUCUUAGGGCCACUAUCAAGCAUGAAUCCCGCGAUUGCACAGCACUCUCGCUACCAUCUUCAGCCCAAGAACUUCAACUGGAUAGGAGAUUCAGCAGCCACUGGCCCCUGUUCAUUGUCAAUGAAGAAAUCUGGGAGGCACUAUUUUUCCAGCUCUAGAGUCAGGCUCACUAGCCGUAAAAGAAGGAAAGCCCAGCACUCAACCAGAGUAAAUGGUCUUCAAUCUUUGCUAAUUGAAAGACUGCCAUCAAGUUCCCGUUUGAAAAGCUCUGGCCAGGACCUUUGUUUGCAAAAGGCAAACACGGAGACACCGAGAAUUCUUCAACAUUCUAAGAUUCUUUGGGGAUCGGUAAAGAUGAAGAGCUAAGGCCAGCUUGUUUGCAUCUCUGCUCAUCAAGCCUUAGACUGAGUUUAUCCCUAAGCGAUGCGUCUGAACCCUGGGUGUGGCUUGGGGCUGGAGGUCACUGGGCAACAAGGAGUUCCUUUCCCAGAGGAGUCAAAAGCCCAAGGUAUGGUGUAGUCGCCAUCAGAAGAUGGAUGAGGGUUCGCCCUUCCUGCCACAGCGGCAGAAUCAGGCAGGCCUGGGCAGCCUGUGCCAGAGGGGCGGCUCUGGGCAACCGAACCCGUCUUUUUAUUAAAGUUUAUGUCGU